AUGGCCGCAGUACAGUCACUCCUCAAACCAGUCUUCGCCCUCGUGGGCUGGACGUUCGCAAUGGAAGGCUGGAUGUACGCAACCCGCCUUCCCGCAAUGACAAAAUACAAAGUCAAGACGGAUCCAAACUUUUCAAAAGAAAAGCUGAACAAUCAGAUUCCUCCUCAUGUGAGAUGGAAGGCCGACAACUACGACCAUCUCCACGAAGCACCUACGCGUUUCUACGCCGUAGCGCUUGGACUUGCAUUGUAUGCUAGCACUUCGCCUGCUGCGUUGACGACGGGGUUUAUGGCUACAGAGGCGAAACUGGCUUGGGGGUAUGUGGCUCUGAGAGUUGCGCAUAGUAUUGUGCAGGCGAGCGCAAAUCCUAUCAUGGUGAGGUUUAGUCUGUUUGCUGCUAGUGAGCUUACUAUGUUGGGAUUGUUGCUCAAGGGGGUUAGUGCAGUGUAUGCUGCUAAGGGUGUUGGCAGUUUGAUCUGA